GGACUCCCCGCCGGGCGGGGCGAGGCGGGCCCGACGCGGCGCUAAGAUGGCGGCCAAGGGCUCGCAGUCGCACGUGAAGCUGGAGGGGGAGAUCGAGCGGUGCCGGGCGGAGGGGCACUGGGGGCAGCUCCGACACCUGGCCCAGCAGCUGCUGCCGCUGGCGCGGCCCCCGCGCAAGGUGGCGGCGGCGGCGGGGUGCGCGCAGGACGCGGAGGACUACGGGAGUAUGCUGCUUGCAGAGGCUCUGCUGGAAGAAUGUUUGAAGGAAAAGUUUGCCAAACUGAAGGACUCCAUUCCACUGACAGAGAAGAAUGAGCCAAAACUGAGUGAAGCUAAACAGUAUCUGACCAAUAUCUUAAGCAGAGGAAAGCUACGACCUAAGUAUAUGACAGAAGCUAUGCUGAUCCUAGGAAAGCUUCAUUAUGUGGAGGGAUCCUACAGAGAUGCCAUCAGCAUGUAUGCAAGAGCAGGAAUUGAUGAUCUCUCAACAAAAGGUGAACCUCUGUACAUGCUGCGUUUGGUAACUGAAGCCUUUGUUAUUAAAGGUCUGUCACUGGAGCGCUCAACCAACUCAAUUGCUUCACGUGCUCGACUGUGUGAAAGAGAGGAGGAAGUCAUGGCUUGUUUUGAGACAGCAUGUGUCAUUGCCCAGGUGUACUUGCAGGAGCUUGAAAAGACCUUAAACAACACACAUUCAAGGAGUAUCAAGGGCAGCAACGUGACUUACUCUGAGUUUGAACUUUCCUACUUCCUGGAAGCAGCUCUACAGAGUGCCUACGUGACUCAUUUAAAGAAGGGAAAUAUUGUGAAAGGAAUGAGGAGUCUGCGAGAAAUACUACGGACUGUGGAAACAAAAUCUACUCAGACCUUCAAAAUGACUGCAGCCAAACAGCUAGCCCAAGUACUUCUCCAUUCCCUCAGUGAAGACUGUUACUGGAGCCCUUUAUCUGAUCUGCUUCCUGAGUUCAUGAACAAGGAAGAUCAGUCUUAUGUUAGCAGUCUUUGUCGGAGGCCUGAGCUGUACACAGAAGAGAAUGCAUACUGCCCUCAAGACAACGUAGAAGAGGCUCUUCUUCUCCUCUUAAUCAGUGAAUCCAUGGCAAACCGGGAUGCAGUGAUCAGCCGAGCCCCAGACCAGCAGGAUGACCGAGCUAUCAGCCUCCGGGAUGCUUCUGCAGUCUAUGACCUCCUCAGUAUCACGCUGGGCAGAAGAGGGCAGUAUGUCAUGCUUUCUGAGUGCUUGGAGAGAGCCAUGAAGUUUGCAUUUGAUGAAUUUCACCUCUGGUACCAGCUUGCCCUGUCCAUGGUGGCUUGUGGAAAGUCAGCAUAUGCUGUGUCAGUGCUCAAAGAGUGUGCUAAACUGCGACCUACAGAUCCCACCGUUCCUCUUCUGGCUGCCAAGGUCUGCAUUGGGUCACUGCACUGGCUGGAAGAAGGAGAAUACUUUGCUAAAAUGGUGAUCGACCUGGGUGAGGUUGCUGGCGAGUCCCUAGCAAAGGGUUACCUGGCACUGGGCCUGACAUACAGUCUUCAAGCUACUGAUGGUCUGGUGAAGAAUCCAUUGAAGACAGGGGAAGGUGAGAUGAAUUUAACAAAGGCUAAAGAGGAAAGACCAGCUACUCUGAAGGGCACUCAGGAUGAAUUAAACAAGAAAGCACUUCAGACUUUAGAGAGAGCACGUGACUUGGCCCCGGAAGAUCACCAAAUCAUCCUCUACCUGUCACUGCAGCUGGCUCUUGUCAGACAGAUUUCUGAUGCUAUAGAACAUCUUCAAGAAGCACUGCAGCUGUGCAAAGAUGACUUGAAUUCACUUCAUCUACUGGCCCUCCUUUUUUCAGCUCAGAAGCACUAUCAGCAUGCACUGGAUGUUAUCAACAUGGCUGUUGUUGAACACCCAGAAAGCUUUAGCUUACUCUUCACCAAAGUAAAACUGGAAUGGAUACAUAAAGGACCUGAAGACGCUCUGGUGACAUGCAGACAUAUGUUGCAGAUGUGGCAGAUGGUAUAUAAUGUUUUACAGCACAGUGGCUCUGAGAAAGGAAGUAGUGUGACAGAAACACCAGUGAUCAAAAAGCAUAAUGGACUGCAUCUCACACUCCCGGAUGCUCAUGAUGCUGACUCUGGAUCACAGCGAGCCUCUUCCCUUGCUGCAUCAAGACUGGAACAAGCCAUGUCCGAAAUAACUAUGCAGAGCAGUGCAAUGAAGCAAGGACCUAUGCAGCUGUGGACAGCUCUUGAACAAAUUUGGCUACAAGCUGCUGAACUCUUCAUGGAACAACAGCAUCUCAAAGAAGCAAGCUUUUGUAUCCAGGAGGCAGCUAGUCUUUUCCCCACAUCUCAUGCUGUACUGUACAUGCGUGGGAAGCUUGCAGAGAUGAAAGGCAAUUUGGAGGAGGCUAGGCAAUUGUAUGAUGAAGCACUUACAGUGAAUCCAGCUGGAGUGGAAAUUAUGCACAGCCUGGGCCUGGUGCUGAGCAGACUUGAGCGGAGGGACCUGGCCCAGAAAGUCCUCAGAGAUGCCAUCCGGAUCCAAACCACCAGUCACAGGGCCUGGAACAGCCUUGGAGAGGUCUUGCAAGCUCAGGGGAAAAAUGAAGCAGCCAUCGAAUGCUUCCUCACUGCUCUGGACCUCGAAUCCAGCAGUCCUGUCAUCCCGUUCACUGUCAUACCCAGGGAGCUCUGAAGCUUUGCCCUGCAGCUAAGCAACUUCAUUCUGUGGCCAGAUACCAAAACCAAACAAAUAAACAAAGAAAAAGCCCAACAGAAAAGUGCCAUUGUAACCUGGAACUGGGCAAAAUAAUUCCAGGAUGGAGCUCUGGUCUACAUGCUUAGCUGAGACAAGGCUAACCAUAGACGAAUUUGCAACAGGCAGAAAUAGAGAAUGCCUUUUUCUUCACAGGUGCCUGGCUAAUCUCCUGUUCAAGUUAAUAGCAAAUCUUACUUCAAAGUGUUGGUUCAGGGUGACUGUCUGUAGAAAGAUCAUGCUAGGGUACAGCUGUUCAAAGCACUUGCACCUUUCAAUUUUCAUUAAAGAUAAAAACCCCAAGCCCUGAAUUAAAGCCCAGACCUGCUCUGAACAGGAGUAAAUGCACCAACUAGCUUGACCAAGUUGUGCUUAAGCAUGUGGCUGCCUCCACACAGAUCUGACAGGAUAGGAAUGACAAUUAAACCAUAUAAACAUGCAGUAUAUGCUGUUUACAAAAUUAUUUCAGCUAUUUUGAUAAUCCUUUUUUCUGCCUUGCUCUUAUAUACUGCAUAUGCUCACUAUAUUUAGUGUGGCACUUGCCUAGACCAAUUUAAAUAAAAAAUACUUCUUUUUUUAAAAGCUGCUAUUGCAGUAUGAUUCACAAAAGCAGAAAGACCAAAGACCAAAUCAGUUCACACUUGAACUAGUAUUAAAAACAUACAUGUCUCUCCAAUUACAUAUUUAUUGAAAGACCUUACAUGAAGUUGCUAAUUAUAAACUCUGAGCUUCAUUCUUAUUAAUCACCUAUUGCAUCACUUUUAGUGAGAAAUAUAGUGAUUACCAGUAUAUAGUAACUGAACUCUGUGCUCUACUGCAUUACCAUUCCUGGCACAAAACAUUUUCAUAUCCAUCCUUUCAUGAUACAAAAGAUAGCAGCAGUCUUUUAAGGGAAAGCAUGCUGAAAGCAGUAUGUGUAUAUAUGAAUUACUUUUGAUUGUCUGUAGAAAUUUCAUAUUAGAGGUAUGGAGUUGAGCCUUCAGCAAAGCAGGAUAAUUUUGUGUAUCCUAUCAGAUGUAGGAGUGAAGAGCUCCUAAUCCGCACAGCUUCCCCACAGCUGGCAGAGCUGGGGAGGGGGACACAGCUGCCAUACCCCCUGCUAAGCUGCUCCUCAGCUGUGCUUGACCUCCCCUGGGCCUCAGCAGCAAGGCAGAGCUGUGCCUUGCUGUCACAUGACAUGUGAGAGCCAGUCCCAUCCAGACCAGUCCCAAGAUGAAGAUGAUGCAGAAGUGAGCUGCAGGCACUUUUCUACACAAAAAGUUGGGGUUCUGUACCCGUUUCUGUACAAAGAAGAUUUGUGACUAUGUCAUAAGUAGGUUUGCACUAAAACACACUGUACUAUAGUUCUGCCCAGUAUUGUGAUCUGCAACUAGUUCAUUCUGGAAAUAAUAACAUCCUCGGGCAAUAAAUGAGUGGGGGUUAUUUCUUAAAGAGCCUGAGGCUCUGGCAGCAGACUUGAAGUCAGCGUUGUUUAAAAUUAUUUGGAAAUCUGCAGGCUAAUGCAGAGGUGGGCCCCUCACGCUGCUCCCAGACCACACCAUUGCAGAGCUCCUAACCUCAGCCUCCCCUCCAGGCACCCGUGCUGAGGGAAGUACACUGCCCUCAGGUUUCUCUCAGCAGCCUGUUGCACUCCCAGGCCAAUAUUUUUAUUUUUUCCCAUUAAAUCAUGCUGGUGCAAUAGCCCAGGUUAUUCAUCUGUUCAUUGAGAGGUCUGGAGUGAACGCAACGCAGCCAUGAAAGGUGCUCAGCCCAUGAGUUCUCUGCCUUUCCAGUGCCACACAGGCACCAAAAUGGGCUUUUUAGGCCAGAGGCAGGUUUCCAAUGAGGCAGUGUUACCCGGACACGUUUCUUGUUUGCAAUAGCACCAGCAGCAGAGGAAGGAGUAGGUGUUAAAGUACUAGAAUUAAAUGAGUUUCAUGAAGACAAAAAGGUGCAGCAGAGACCCAUUUUGCUGUGAAGGAUGCUAUGAAGUUGGCUUGCUCUGCACUGCAGGUGGGAAAGGGAAAGGGGGGCGGGAGAGAAGUUGUUGACAUAAUAUGUAAAUUGUUACCCAGGUGUUUUAAACCCAGUUCCAUAGUCAGAUGCAAUCUGACAAUAGACUUGAGAUAUAUAUAGAUAGGUAUUAUAUUCCAAUAUUUGUUCUGCUCCACAGUUCCCAGGUUGGGAGCAAGUCUUCUGUUUAAGACACAAAAAAAAAGUCAGUGUGGUCGGACAUCACUGCUUUCUUGUGCAAUGUAUAUCUGUAAAGCGCUGCCAUAGCAACUUCUGUGUACUGGACAGCUAUUUGAGUACAAGCUAUGCAUCCACCUCUGCAACUGAGGAACUACUUUAAGAGGUCUGUUACAUUGCUGGUCUGUGACCUGGCAGGAGAGUGCCUGUUUCCCAGCAGCAGCUGAAAAGCAAACACAGACCCAUUUACUUGUGCAUGCAUAGAUUGUAAACAGCCACCAGCCCAUCACAUUUGCUGCCAUCAGGCAAACUUCAUCUUGGUGAUAACGAGACUUGCCACAGGAGUCAUCAUCCUAGGAGAGUUGCAAACAUGCACAAGUACUUUGAGUGCAUCAACCAGACAGAUGUUGCCAGGGUGAUCCCCUAUUUGUCAUGUGCAUUUAUGAGUUUUACUGGCAUUGGAAUUGCAGUCCUAAGAGCCUCUGCUCUGCCUCUUAGGUGUAGCAAGGAAGAUGUACAUGAGUAAAUGUCAUCAGCAUCAAUAGGAAUUACAUGGGUAAGGUACCCUCUACCGGCACAGCACACCACAGCCCCUACAUCAAUUGCAGACGAAGUACUUUGCAUGCAUACUGGACUCAAGCCUGAGAUUUGCUGCGUGCUUCCCAGAGGAUACAAAGCACCUGUUGGCUGGAGGGGUGUUAUAUUGGCCUGAAAUACCCUGUACAGUGCAGGAAAGGGGGCAGUUGUUGCAGACUUGCAAGUAUUUUAGGGGUAAAUCCUGUAGCUACGUUUAUUAUUAGUGCUCACCAAAACAGAAGCCUUCCCAAGCUUACAUGCUGCCUCUGUUCUUCAGCAUGGAUUUUGUUCAUACUUCCAGGUACAGAAAACCAAAGACAACUACUUCAGACAAGCCUAUGUAUUGUAUUAUUUAUAGAUAGCAAUGUUGAUAAAUCUAAUAGGCCUACUUCCCUGAGCCCAGUCAGUAAUAGUUCUUUGUAUAGCAGGGAGCCUGGCAUGCUUAAUGCUCAGGAUCUGAGACUAAGAACGUACAAAAGAUUUACAUCCCAUCCUUCAUACGAUUAUUAGAGAUGAUCAUAAGUAAUGGAAGUUUGGGGAACAGUAAGUGAAAUACCAGUUCUGUGAGUUUGAGCACUGACUUGAGUCCAACAGUUUUCUCAUUAGUUUAGAAAGAGGAAGAGAAAAAAGGCAUUGUUGCCUAAAGGAUCCAGGUAUACACCCAGGUUCCUCUUGUUCCACCGUGAGGUUAUUUUCCUUUGUGUUAGCAGAGUGCAUACAAAAGAAAAAAUAAUUAGCUUCUAUUUUUCUAUUGUGCAGUAAAGGAGCAGUAUUUGCCGUUGCCUUUGACCAACAAGAAGGUUUGUAUAUUGUAACAAAAAUGACUCUGCCUCCGGGAUAACAGAAGCCCAACAGGCCAGGGAACAACUCGCCUCCCAGCUUUACCCUGUGUAAACUGUCAUUAGCUCCACUGGAGUUGGUGGUGGUUACAAGCAUUUCCUCCAGCUGAGGAUCUACCCACUGGUGUACUCAUUCGGUACAAGGAGUACAACAGAGCUGCCAUAUUCCUGCGCCGCACAAGUACGCCAGUCUGUUUCUAUUGGUAACAGUUCAUGCUACUGAUUAUCACAAUGCUUCAGAAGUGCUAAUUAUCUUUUCUUGGUAAUGACUAAUAAAUCCAAAUGGAGAACAGUCCUGGAGGGUUUUUACUUUAAAAUUCACUGGCUGUGUACCAAAGUAGGCACAGUGCUGACUGCUGCAGUUUGAAUUACAGUUAUUUUAUCCAAAAAAUGUUUCAUUUUCAGAAAGUCUUGGUGAAGACAGAGUUUGGUUAGUUUAUAUUUCGUUUUAAUGACAGCAGAGUGGGAAACAAUCCUUUUUAGUGAAAAGACAUCACGGCCAUGAUCUUUUUUCAGCCAAACCAACAGAGAUAUGAUAGUUGCAAUUCGGCCUAGGAGAGGAAGGCUUCCCAGAGCAACCACGCUGCAGCAAUAAUUGCCUCUGAUAGAAUUGUAUUACAGGCAUAUUUGACAAUUAUGCAAUGAGCCCGUGCAGCUGAGACGUCUCUCUCCCCCAGCAUGUCACAUAUUUGGCUAAGGAGAGCUGCUUUAUGCCCAAAGUGACAACUGCAGUGCCUGUCUGGGUGCCCAUCAGCACUGCCCUGGUGCCUGCUCUCACCUGCAAGGUGGCUACUGCCACCAGCUGCACGGUCUUCUUUGCUCGUGCUGGUUUAACCAACACUCUGACUGUUCCCUAAGCCUGGCUCCAGGCAAUAGUCUCCCUACUGUUAAGUUGCUGUUCAGUGCUGCAGGAUAUCAGUGCAUGGUCAGAUAAAGAGUUAAUUUUCUUAGAAAUGAGAAGCUGAAACAUCCACCAGUUCAGUGAUGUGGCAGGAGGGGAGGUAACCACUGACCCAGCAGCUGCCGAGAUGGUUCUUCUGACUUUGCCUUUAAGGAACUGGCUCGCACCUUCAGCUCCAGCAAACCAAGGCAGGUUCCCAAGUAACUGGAUACUAAAAUGUCCAGCUCGUUUCCCCACAGAAACACAUGCCAGUCUGUAGCUAAAAACCACUGAUAGGGAUGCAACACUGCACCAUUGCAGAGUGGCCUGUGAUGAUACAAAUAAGAACCUCCCCGAGCCGGUGCACAGAGAGGUGCUCAGCUUUCACAUGUAUGAGCAUUUCCUGUCCACCACUUGAAUACUGUUAAUGUGGUUGUCAGAAUCGGUUUUCCAUGUAACUUAACUUUUUUUGUCAUUGUAAGAUGUUUUCACCAGAUGAAUAAAAUUGACCUCGUGGAAAACAAAAAA